AGAGUGAUCAGUGCUCGUGGCUAACCUUAGAAUCCCGAAACAUAGUUCCGAAGUUUCCUAAUUCCCGAAUGGUGCCGGGGUUUCCCAUGUUUAUUCCAUUUCCCUGGCGCUCUCAUUGCUUUCCUUCCUUCCCGCAUGUUUUCCAAUAUGACUUGUAGGGUUUGCUCUCUCUGAAGUACGCCUUGUAAUAGCAAAUAAUCAGCCAUGGGAAUCCCCCUAGUUUUAAACACGAUUGUGUUGUAAAAAUAGUACAUAUUGUACAUAUCCACCAUAUCAGUGGUCGAAGAUGGAUGUUCCCGAAUCUUCCUCGCCAGAGCUUGUGCCACGAAACUAUCAAGACGAAUUGAUCCGCAUUUGUGUCAAGCAAAAUUCAAUCAUCUUUUUACCGACUGGAGCCGGCAAAACAUUCACCGCGCUCUGCGCAAUUAAGCAACUGGUUGGCGACGAUUUUGCAAGAACUUAUUCAGAGGGAGGUAAAUUAUGUGUUUUUCUGGUGAACACAGUUACCCUUGUGGCCCAGCACAAAAAAUACAUGGAACAAAAUACUCCUUACACCAUUGGUGCCUAUACAGGAGACAUGAAUUUAGACUAUUGGAGCAGGGAGCAAUGGCUACAUGAAUAUAACACUCAUAAUGUGAUCAUUAUGACCAGCCAAAUAUUAAAAAACAGCCUAACUACUGGCUUUUUAGAUUUAAACAAAGUAAAUGUAAUGAUAUUUGAUGAAUGCCACCAUGGAGUAGAUAAUCAUCCCAUGAGAGACAUCAUGCUUUAUUUCAAGAACUUAACAGAUCCUCCCAGAGUCAUUGGCCUGACUGCUACUCUGUUAAAUGGCAAUGUCAAGCCAAAUAUGGUUUUGGAGGAAGUACGAAAACUGGAGACAACUUUUCAUGCAAAAGUUGCCUCGGUUGAUGCACUUAUUAAUGUUGUAGGAUAUUCAACCAACCCAAAAGAAGAAAUUAUAGAAUACAGAUCACCAUCCAUCCAUCCUGUUAUUAAAGAAGCAUGUGAUAAUUUAGCGGCAUUGGAAGCAAUAAUUCGGCAGUUUAAAGCAAGCCCAGAGAAAGCAAAACCUAUUAAAAAUCUACAGUAUUUAAAGAAAGAGAAACCCUAUGAAAAAUAUUACAAGCUCCUAAUGGAUGCCCAGUUGCACUUCAAAAUGUUUGGAAUUGCCGGCACUAGGAUCGCCUGCAUUAUGUACAUGGUACACAUGCAACUAGAAAAGCGAAGUUGCAGCGAAGCGAAAACAUUGGCGGUUAUAAAUGCAAUUAUAGAUAUGUUCAAUCAAACCAAGCGCAAGAUGGACACAGUUUACCUAAGCAGUCCAUCGGAGCAACGAACACUCUUACUGAGUACGAACAAAGUCCAGAAACUGAUUCAGACACUCAUGACUUUCAAGAAUAAAUCCAAGCAGGAAUUGUGCGGAAUUAUAUUCGUCCAGCGUAAAAAUACGGCCAUGUUGCUGUAUCACAUACUCAACGAAGUAAAAAAGACUUAUGAUGAGAUGGACUUCAUUAAACCUGAUUUUAUUAUUGGGAACACAGCAAAUCCGCUCAACUCCACAAUUGAAUCAUUAUAUUACGCCAAGUUGAACAAGAAAGUUAUGGAUAGGUUCAAUUCGAAAGAAGUGAACUUGUUAAUUGCUUCUAAUGUCAUCGAGGAAGGGGUGGAUGUGCAGAUGUGUUCGAUUGUGAUCAAAUUUGAUAUAGUUCAGGAUUACAGGGCAUAUAUUCAGUCGAAGGGUAGAGCUCGACACGCUGCUAGUUUGUACUAUAUUAUGGUGGAGGCAACCGAAAGGGCACAAUUUACAAAUAAAUAUUUGACCUUCCAAUCUAUUGAAAGUGGCUUGAACAAUUACCUGAUUGGCUCCAAUGAUCAUAGGAAAAUGCCUGAUCAAAGCCGAAUUAAUGCAAUGUAUGAAGAAAAGAAGAUUUUUUAUGUUGAUGGACCUGGAUCAGCGAAUAUUUCGGAAUCAGUGGCGAUGUCUCUCCUUAUGAUGUACUGCAAUUCAACCAAAACUGAUAUGUACACCAAAUAUGAGCCCGUCUUUUAUGUUGAAGGCAACAUUGACAAAUGUCGAGUGUACAUUCAGAUGCCCACGUUUUGCCCUCUGAAAGAUUUGAUACCAGGUGAAUGGAAAAGCUCUAAGAAAGAAGCUAAAAAUUCCGCUGCGUAUAUGACGUGCAUAAAACUUUAUCAAGUUGGUGAGCUAUCUGCCGAAAUGCUUCCCGCCCCGGCGACAUUAAGUAAAGAGAACCUGGGAUUCCUUUUCACUCACUGGCCAGAGAAUGGUAACAAACGCGAUGGUGUUUCAAAGAAAACUCGAUCAUAUAUACGUCGAAUUCCCAAGGUAUUAAGUGCUCCAAUUGAAUCAGGAAAGAGAGUGUUUUUGCACAUCAUUAACAUGACACCGCUGCUCGGUGCCGAACAUGCAAUUUUAAACAACUUGUACUCUAAUGAUCUAUGCUUUGGUAUUAUCACAAGCGAAAAGUUGCCAAAUCUGUGUGAAUUUCCAACGUUUGUAACGCUGGGUCAAAUAUCCGUGAAACUUGACGUGAAUCAGAACAAUUUCGUAUUCAGCGCCCAGCAAGUAAGCUUGAUCAAACGUUUUCAUCACGUUAUUUUUGAUGGUGUCCUGGACAUUUUGUCAAGUAAGUCUUAUUUAAUGCUGGGUGACAAUCGGCCUAUGUACAGCUAUAUUGUACCCGUUCUAAAAUCAACGAAAUCCAUUGACUUCAAUAUUAUAAUGGAUCAUGAGGAUAUAGUUGACGUGAGCAAUGUGCUCACCAACGAAGAGAAACAAAGUUUAGUAGUCAACAACGAAACUUACUUGGAGAAGAUCGUCACUCCUGAUUACAGAGAAAGAAAUCGGCAUCAUUUGGUAAUGGAAGUUUGUGAAUAUAUCACGGCAGCAUCACCUUUUCCCAACAGUGAGUUCCAAAGUUACGCCGAUUAUUAUGAGUGCAAGUAUGACAGGGUGUUGGUAAAUUGUAAUUUACCUAUGUUGUCCGUAAAACCGCUCUCCUCCAAUAUGAAUUGUCACAAGCCUCGAGGCCUUGCAACAAAAAGGAAGCGUGAGGAAACAUUUGAGAUGUUUGUGCAGCAUUUUAGUCCCGAGUUGUGCGUUAAGCAGACCUUACCGGCGCAGUUGUGGGUUUCGGCGACAUUACUGCCAUCAAUCAUGCAUAGAAUCCAUCAAUUGUUAAUCGCUGAUGAAUUGAGGACCCUAAUUGCAAAACAAGCAAAUUUAGGUUCAUGCACUGUAAUGAAUUGGGUGCCGCUCAAGGUGGAUUCACGCGUAAUAAAUUACAAAUCAAACGUCGCCGAUGAAAGUUUACGUAAAAAUGAUUCCCUCUUCGAUGAAAACAUGCCCACCGAAAUGAAAGCACAAGAAAUUUCUGAUAUGAUCACCAAGUUCACACCAGGUGAUCAUAUUGUUGAUGCCAGUAUUAACAAGACUUUCAAUGACGUAAUGAUAGACGCUCAGUAUCCUUGGGAAGCAGAAGUUGAACCAAUCGAUUGUUACCGAAACCUGGACGUUACCCUCGGCGACAUUGAAUUAUUUGCGAAGUUUAUUAACACGCGUUAUGAAACUGCUCCCAAUGCUAACCCAACCCCAAUGAUUCAAAAUAAUGGUUGCCUUGCAAUAAACUACACUCCACCGGAAUAUCAAUACAAAACCAUCGGAUUAUUAUCAGAAAAAUCUACCAAUCACAAAGGUCCUGAAUUAUGUUCGGUAUAUGAAGCUUUAACAACAGCUAAAGCUCAUGAUAUUGUGAAUUUGGAAAGAUUGGAAACCUUGGGAGACUCUUUUCUAAAGAUGGCUGCGUCAUUGUACGUCUUCAAUAAAUUCCCGCAUUUUUCUGAAGGGCAAGCAACGGAAUUGAAGGGUAAACUCGUUAGUAAUCGGAAUUUAUUCUAUUUGGCACAAAAACAUGGCAUUGGUGGACUGAUCGUGAACAGUGAAUUCAACCCGAAGGACGAAUGGCUUCCACCUGGAUACUGCACCCCAGUGGAAGUGCAAGAAAUGAUCCUUCGACAAGACGCAUCUAUCGCGUGUUUAUUUGAGAUUGAUAUUCCAAGGGAUGAGCAAAUUUCGGGUGAAUUAAGUGAUGCAACAUUCGAACUCAUCCAAGAUCGCCGAGAGGAUAUCGAAGAGGAUGAAACGCAGGACAAUGGAUAUGCAUCAAUGUGUCAUUACAUUGGUAGACAGGUGAUUGGUGAUAAGACGCUGGCAGACGUAAUUGAGUCUAUUAUUGGAAUAUAUGUGGGCGCUAUGGGUAUAAACGGCGGGAUGAAAAUUCUUGAAUGGUUGCGCAUUAUUCCCGAAGACGCGAUUAAGGCUACAUUCGGCGCGACUAUACCGAAUCCAAUCAUUAAAGAAAAUUGUUCGCAGAGAGAUAUUACCGCACAACUGUCGAACUAUGAAGCGAGCCAAGUGGAGAAGAUUUUGGAUUAUAACUUUAGAAAUCGCGCGUUUCUGCUACAAGCUUUAACGCAUUCGUCAUACAAUGGUAAUCACAUUACGCAGUCAUAUCAGCGUUUGGAAUUCAUAGGCGAUGCGGUUUUGGACCUUCUGAUCACGCUUUUUAUUUUUGAGAAUAACACGCAGUUGAACCCGGGUGACUUGACUGAUCUCAGAUCUGCACUGGUGAAUAAUGAAACUUUUGCGGCGUAUAUCAUUAAACUAGGCUUGCACAAAUAUCUGAAGCAUUACAAUACGAAACUGACGUCACUCAUCGCCAAAUUUGAGUCGUUCCAGAAUAUGAGGAAGAAUGAAAUUACGGGCGAUGUGCUCUUACUUUUAGAUGAAGAUAAUUUACACUUGGCGGAAAAUGUGGAUGUUCCAAAGGUAUUGGGUGAUUUAUUUGAAUCAAUUAUGGGUGCAAUAUUCCUCGAUUCCGGCAUGGAUUUACUGACAGUUUGGCGUGUGAUACACAAAAUAAUGUGGCGAGAAUUCGACUCAUUCUCAAAAGAUAUCCCGAAGAAUCCGAUACGCAUGUUGCAUGAAACUCUAGCACCGCUUCGACCAAAGUUCAGUGAUCCUGUGGAUGUGGACCAAGGAAGUAGGACAAUGAUCAAGUUAGAUUUCAAUCUGCAGGGCACGCUUACCCGUGUGCACGGUUUCGGAGAUAACAAAACGAACGCAAAGAAAGCAGCGGCUAAAGUAGCGCUGCGUUUACUCAGCGUUAAAAAGAAGUAAAAUGGUUUCGUAACAUCGAUAACAUCAAAAAUUCCAUGGCGUUAUACAUUAAUUUCAUUAGAUUUAUGUACUAUAUUAAGUUUGCACGCGUCAAGUUCUAUACGAUUGUUAUAUUUUUCAUGAAUUAUAAUUUUAACUAACCUUCA